AUGUCUCUUCCUCCUCCCCCUCCUCCACCUCCUUCCUUCUCCGUCCCCGAGCGACCCCACAAAGGAACCGACGCGUCAUCCGGUCUCCCUCCUGCCACGACCUCGUCGCCGCCCACCCUGGAAGGGGUGCCGGAGCGAGGCCCGCCGGGGACGGUGCUCGUGUCGCUGCUGGUGUACAACGGCUACCCGUUCGCCGACCACUGGGAGUACUUUGCGGCGCCGCCCGCCGCGGCGGACCCCGAUCCUUCUUCGUCGGAUUCGGAUCCGGACCCGGACCCGGACCGUUCGACGGGCGCGGUGGGCGCGGUGGGCGCGGUGGGCGCGGUGAUCCAGGCCGCCGGGGACGUCCGCUCCGGGUUCUGGCUUGAGGUCCGCAGGGGAUGGCGCGUCGAGGUCGGUGAUGAUCAUCAUCGUCAUCAUCCGUCGAGGGUGAGGCUGGCGUGGGUGCCGGGGGAGACGGUGUUUGAGGGGAGGGAGGACGGGGAGGUGUUGGUGGAGCGGCAGCCGCGGUGCGAGUUUGAGAGGAUCCUGUUCCGCGUCCCUGCGCCCGAGAAGACGCUGAGGGCGGUUGAUGGAAGCGAGGCCUCUGACUUGCUCGCCCAUAAUCAGGGUGGCAACCGGGGACGCGAGAAGAUCACGCAGCGCAACUGCCAGACCUGGGUGGUCGAGUCGGCAGAGGAGCUGGUGAGGGAGGGUAUCUUUGAGCAGAGGGUGGUGGACUACUUGCGGGCGACGAGCAUCAUGAAGGUCUGA